AUGGACGUCUCGCUUCUCGUGGCGCAGAUGCAGGAUACGCUGUCGACGAUCCACAGCACCGUCGUAUCCCUGGAUAUGGCCCACCACAACGCCAAGCUCGAUCAGCUGGAGCAAGACCGUGAUGGCGCCAUUCAGGCUUUGCAUGUCGGCUUCUCGGCCGAAUCAGACCUACUAGGCCAGAAGCGCAAAGCAGAGCGCGACCAGAUUGCCGAGCGGCAGAGACAGGAAGAUGAGGAGCGCGAGAGAAGGCGCAGGCUCGAAGACGAGGAGCUCGCCGCGAGAGACCAAAACGAAGAUGUAGAGCGCGGGUUGAAGCUUAGAGGACGAGACAAGGACGUUAAAGAUGAGGCAGACGACUUGAUCAGCCAGGUGGAAGUAGAGGCGCAGCGCAUGGUCGAGGAAGGAAGGAAGACGCUAGCUGCGCUGGAGGAAAAGAGACGAAUAAGGUCUCCCUUCAGGCCUGCAAUCUACUGA